ACACGUCCUGAGGUGCGUCCGUUUGGUAUAGGUCCUGUAUGUUCCAAUCUGCCAACAACAGAAAUUUGCUGUGUGAGAAAUAAUUUAAUUUUCACGUUUGGAUUUUUAUUCGAUAUAAAUACAUGGUUGGACGAUGUGAUGUCUCCGAAUGAAUGCUGUGUAAUAUUCUAAUCUCUUUGAGAGGGUUGAAGUAUCCAAUUUCUAUAUUCUGUGAGUAUCCUGUUUUACGUGUCCGUAAUUUUGGCAUCAUGACUCAGGAUCCUCAAAAUCGUUAUAGGGAGUAACACUACCGGACGCUUUGCGUUUGAAUCGAUCAUUCUAGCUAGAUGUUCAACAAAGACAUCAAAACAGGUAAGGAAUUAGACGAUGGCACCGACCGAUGAACAUUACAUCACAGCAGAAGAAGCAUACAGUUUCCUGGACAAUGUUCUGCAUAUGGAAUCUGCACAAGCACGCAUCAAGGGGGAUAAGAUCAUUUUCCUUGGAGAGUUCAUCCAAAGUAUGCAACAUUACAUUCCCUUUCAGACCAUCAAAGGAAUCGCGAUUCCUGAUGGGAAACGUCGGUUACCACCAGCAGCUGACAUCAAGGCUGAUAUCGUUUCUAAACUGGGAGGCGUAUGUUAUCAAAUCAACAUAUUCUGCUGGAUGCUGUUGCGCGCCAUUGAGUUCGAUGCUCAGUUGGUGACAGCAGAUGGAUUCCGUUUGAAAGACGCUCACGUUGGUGUCGUCAUCAAUGGCCUAACUGGUAAGAGUUCCAAGCAUUUGAUGGAGGUCGGGUCAAGCUAUCCUUCUCGGCGACUAAUUCCUCUAGAUUUUGAAGACUAUUCACCGGAAUAUUCUGAUUCCUUUUUGAAAUACCGGUUUGUUCGUCAGGGGGAAGGCACAAUAAUAUUCCAGCAUAAACUAAACACAGUAUCAUCGUUGGCACGCAAGUUUCCAGAAUACAUUAAGGGUGAGUGGUUUUCUUUUCUCUUCUACUAUACCGAACAUUAUGUGAGUAUACCCUAUUUCAACACUCCAAUGACUAAUAUCAUGACUGUAGUCAAUGAAGAAGACUUCGUUCUUACAAGCUUGCGUUGCACAGCCUACCCAAACGGUCGUCUUGUGUGCAUCAAAGAUUCCAAACUCAUGCUGGAGGAUGAAGAGCAACAGGUGCAGUAUUCUCUCUUCCGGUCACGUGACGAGUUUCUAGAAGCUUUCCAGUGUUACUUCCCUCAAUUUCCGGAGAGUAUGAUCAAAGCAGCUAUGAAUAAUGUACGAUUCAAAUUGCCAUAAAACAUGUAAAAAGCAGUAUCUACGAGCUCAUAAUAAUAAAUCUAAUUGUUUGCAUCCAAUAUUAUGUAUAAUACACAAGGGUGGUGGCAGACUUACUUCUCAGACGCUUUUUGGAACAUUGAGAAUCUAUUGAAAAUGCCCUUCAAAUCACAUGAAUAGAUAAGAGGCCAUUGUCGAAAGUUGGUGGCCCGGGGCAGCUCAUCAUGUCAAGAUUCUGAUCGGAAAAGCAAGUGCAGAUAUGUCGAGUCCAAGACGGUACCGAUUUUUGACAAAGGCAGUAUGUUAUGGAGGGGUUUUGCCAAAAGGUUAUCAGUGUUAAAGGAAGCGUCUGCGAAGUUAUUGAUAAAACGCCCUAAUUGUCUGGCCGUGCAGAAUUCCUUCAAUCAGUCAAUUUGAAAAUGCAACUCUUCUAGAUGAAGUAGAGUGCCUGUAAGGGAGAGUAGCAGACCUGGAAGCGACAUCUGAAGAGGCCGAGCAGUACUCGCGACAAAACUGCCUGGUAUUUAGCGGUGUGCCUGAAUUCAGUAAUGAGAAUACAGACGAAAAGAUUGUUGAAAUAUGUGAGCAGAAUCUCGGGACAGAAACGUCCGACAUUCUGUCGGACGUUUCUGUCUCUUGGCACUGGAUAGCAUAGACAAUGUGCUCCACCCGUGGUAACCACAGAGAAAGCCCUUCACCCGCGACGCAAAGUGAGAACAAUCUUCCUCGACCGACGGAACAGGGGCGUCGCUUCGGUGUCUUUAUCCCUUACGUCAGUGGACUUUCAGAGAAAAUUCGGAGGAUCCUGUCGUCUUACCGCAUCCCGGUGGAUUUCAAACCGACUAACACACUUAGGCAGAAAUUGGUUCACCCGAAGGAUAAAGUUCCUAAAAGACAAGAAAAACAACAGUGUCUAUGCUAUCCUGUGCCAAGAGACAGGUUGCAGCGCUAAUUAUAUUGGUGAAACCAAACAACCCCUCUCCAAGCGUUUGUAUCAACAUCGCAGACCAGGCGCAUCGGGAUACGAUUCUGCCGCAUACUCCCACCUGAACACGUCUAAACACAACUUCAAAAAUAAAGACGUGCUCAUCCUAGACAAAGAACCUAGGUGGUUUGAGAGGGGGGUCCGUGAGGCAGUCUACGUCAACGCAGAGAACCAAUCUCUCAACACAGGAGAGGAUUACGAAAUAACCUCUCUCGGAUUUACAAUCCUGUAAUCCAAAAAAAAAUCCUCGACGGCUCUAAGACAACAUCGACGGUGCUUCGGCGCCAAUCGGCAACGACGAUUUCCCGCCAAUUCAGAAGAGCUGAAGAAGCGACCCGGAUCGGACGUGAAACUGUCCUCUGUUUCAAUCAAAGUAAGUCCAGAUGAAUAGAUUUAUUUUUUCCAUCGUAAUUUGACUUUUCCUGGAUGAAUCAAAUCAUACAUCAAUUUAAAUACAUGAAUGUAUAAUUGCUUUUAAGAUUCUAUAUAACAAUUACGUUAACCCGAAUGUGAAUUUAAAUUCCGUGAAAUAAAAAAAAGAUUACGUUUUUAAAGCUUUGUCAAACAUUGAUUGUUCAAAGGCUGUGGGAGUAAAUGGCAUACAUCCCAAGCUUCUCAAACUGGCUGCUCCUUUUUUAGUAGAACAAUUGGUACAUUUAUACAAUAUGACAUCGCGAACAUGUACUGUUCCAAAAGAUUCAAAUAAGGCAAGUACCACUUCAAUACAUAAAUGAGGAUCAUAAUGAUGUCGACAAUUUUAGACCGAUAUCUGUUCUACCUGCCUUGUCUAAAAUAUUAGAAAGAGCAAUCCACAAUUAACUUUAUGUGCACUUGAAUGAACACAAACUGCUAACGAAUUCCCAGUCAGGUUUUUGACCUUUGUAUUCUACUACUACAUGUCUAACUGACAUUAUAUUUGUUUGAUAAAAUGGAUCAGGGGCGAAUUAUCGGAGUUAUUUUUCCCAAUUUACGUAAAGCGUUUGAUGUUGCACCACACAAUUUCAUUCUUGGAAAACUGAAGUAUUAUGGAAUUAAGGGUAACGGAUAUGAUUAGAUAAAAACAUAUUCAACAGACAAGAGUUUGUCGAAGUAAAUAAUUGUAUCAGUGAAAGUGUAAAAGUUAGAUCAGGCGUCCCACAGGUAUCCAUAUUGGGUCCAUUAAUAUUUUCAUCAAUGAUGUAACUUGAAUUUGAACGUUAAUUCCAAAAUGUAUUUUAUUGCAGAUAAUACUGCUCUUUUUUGUCAUGAAGUAUUAUCUAAGGAGGUUAAACAAAUCUGCAAGUGAUUUUGAUAUCUGUAAUUGGCUGUACCUUAACGGUAUGUAUUUGAUUAAAAAAAAGACAAAAGUCAUAGCUUUUGGUCAUAGGAAAAUAUUGAGAAAUGAUGCUUUGAUAAAAUAUAGAAAUGAACCCAAAGAAAAUUAUAAUCAAAUACUUGGGUGUAACAGUUCACUCUGGUAUGACGUGGGGAAAACAUGUAUCUAGUAUCAUUGUUAAAAUUCAUCAUACGAUAGGUUGUAUAAAGAGAAUCAAACAAUCCCUUCCGCCUAGGAUUAUUAAGAAUUCAUAUUUUACUAUGAUUUUACCUUACAAUGAUUAUUGUAGUACACACUGGGGAAGAUGUAAAAAAAAAUUGAAUACAAAAACUGCAAAAUAAGUAUGCCCGAAUAAUUUUGAAUAAGGAAUAUCUUAAUCCCCAACAUUAACUGUUGUUUACACUCAAAAUGGCUAAACAGUGCAGGAACGUAUCAAAAUUGUAGUCUUGCUUUCAAAGUACAAAGCGAAUUACCACCAGCCUAUCUUGAACGGCUCGUGUGGUCCAGUGGUUAGAGCAUUGGACUCACAAUCAAAAGGUUGUGAGUUCGAAUCCCCACUCUGCCAUUGUCUCCACUUUGAUAACGUCAGCCAUUAUGACCUAGUUAUAAAAAUGUUUCCUAGGUAAUUGGUUAUAUACCAAAAUGUCCUGUCGAGUUCUUACGGACCUUUCCAUAUACAGAAACAAAAACAGAAACCACUUAUCUGCAAACGUAAUGCAACUUAUAAAACACGAUAUUCUGAACGAUGUCCCCUGUCCAAGAAUGGAUUAUAGAAGAAAUUGUUUUGAAUAUGUUGCUUCCGUCUUAUUUGAUUUGCUCCCUUCUUAUUUAAUUCGCUCCGGCUUGUGAUAUGCAAAAAUGCACGUCCAUCCAUGCGUUAGAAACACUGUGAAUCAUUAAGAUUCUGUGAUACAUGUAAUUACACUGAAUAACUUGAUAUAAUGAUUACAUGAUACUUGUUAAUGCACUCUAUAUGUAUAAUGUAUUCUGUUUUACUGAAUUAUACGUUACAUACAUUAAAUUGCUAUUAUGAUGAUUUAUUUCUUAAAUUGCAGGGCGCCUUUAGAAAGCAGUUUUGCAUAACUGAACAGGCCUACCCUGCAGUAUAAAAUAAAGAAAACCAACGAAUAAAUAAAUAAACUUUACCAAAUGCCAAGCAGUUCAUCCAGGUGCAUCAAAUGCCUACAUAUUUUGUGUUACAUGUAAUGAUUUGCAUCUCUGUAAUUCAAGUACCGGGAUUUUCUAUUUGCAAGUUUCAUAAACUUGAUAACGCACCUAAUUUGUAUUUUCUGUGUCUAAAGUAGCAUGCAUGUCUUAACAUGCAGUGAUGACGGAGGACCUAGAAAUUGUAAUGGUUGCAUCAUGUUCAUGACAAUGUAGAAUAGCAACUGCAUGAUAGAAUUGUUGAAUGAACAGAGACAGUGGUGGUACUGAGGACGGGUAGGUGGCGCUUAAAAUCUGUCAUAAAUCAUAACAAUUCCUUUUAAAUAAUUAAAAAGUCUACAGAUAUUUAAUUACUCUUUACAAUUCGCACAUUCGAAAAGAAAGUUUAGUUCAGUUAAAACUUAAUUACUUUCAAAAAUCAAAUGUAGAAGUUUCCUUUUGAUAUUCUAUACUAGAUAAUUUUGUUUCUUUACAUAACCUUUUAUUUAUUAUCCCAGUUCUGUGGCAUUGGAUCUCGCAUUAUUUCUAAUUUAGUUUACAAUGAAACUGUGAAUGAUAUGUCUUUUUUAGAGCACUUGCCUUCCUUAUCAGCUAAACGAAAGUGUUACAGAAAAAGAGGUUUGCAUUCUUUUACUCGCCAGACUGAUCUCCUCCCAAAGGAUCUUAUUUUAGAUCUUUGACUGAAUCUAGAGUUGAAGAGUUAAUGGAAAAUGUUAAUCAUUCAUUUGGAGACAGACGUUGAAAUUUAUAAGCUGACAGUUAAUCAAUCAUGUUAACAGACACGUCUAAAAUAGACAUGAUUUUAAAUUAGGACUUACGUGACGUCAUACGACAGCCAAUAGAGAUUGUACGAUAUCUUAGUGUUACCAACGGCCUAGUUUUAUAGGGGCCUAGUUAGGCUAAUGUUGCCAGAAAUCGGAGGCGGCAAACCUGUAACCGAAUUUUAUGUCCCAUAUGAUUUCUGGCACUCCUCCUCUUAUUCCCCUUUCUUAUUUAUUCAUCUUAUCACAUAUCUAUUUAAAGGACAA